AUGUCACUUGAGGGUCAUGCAUAUUUUACAAUUGUAAAUUUACUUAAAGAAAAUAAGUAUGAAAAACCAAAAGUAAUUGGAUUAACAGAAACACUAGGAAAACAUAUUUCAAAUAAUGAAGAAUGUAGUAUGGAUUCAUUGGCUGAUCUUUGUCUCAAUUUGAAUUGUUACAAGAUAGACAUUAUCAGAAAUAGUGUUGAAGAUUUUUAUCAAGAUAUUCCAAAAGGAUUUCAAGAGAUUGUCUUUUGUCUUUCUCCUCCUAAUUUUUUGCAUCAUUUAAUUAUCCGUGAAUCAUAUACUGUUGAAAAGGCUGUAGUUGAGGUAAUGGGUAAAUUUGAUCCUGAUAAUAUUUUACUACAAUCAGUAUUUCCUGGUAUUGAUGAAGGUGGAUAUGAAAGUUUUUGUAAUACUCUUGUUCAAUCAAUUCAAGAUAAACCUGAAGGACCAAUAAAAAGAGGAAUUAUAGCUGCUGUAGAUUAUCUUGUAAUAUUAGCUGUAACAUUAUCUCUUGAUACAGUUAUUCCAACAGAAUACUCAUUUGAUAGUUGUCUUUAUAAAUUAAAAAGAUGGAAUGAUAAAUGUGAAGAUGAAUCAAUAUUAACACGAAAAGUUCUUGAAUCUUAUAACAGAAUAAUUAACUCAAAGGAUGACUCAAGAUUUAAAGCAUUAGAAUCAGAAAAUAAAUAUCCAUUGAUUCGCCUAGAAAAAACUCUUAAAAAAGUUCUCGAUACAAAUCGCAAAGCAAAAAUACUAAUUCGUGUUGGUAAUGGAGCACUUGCAUUAAACCUUUUUCGUUGGUUAUCUACUACGCAAAUUUUAAGUGAUUAUAAUGUAACUCAUUCAUAUAUUGUUGGAACAAAUCGUCAAAAUUUAACUGACACCUCACUAGAUAUUUAUCGUUUUGACAAAAUAUCUAAAUUUUUUGAUGGUUUAAUUAAUAUUUUAAUAACAACUGAUGUUUGUCAGGAUGAUAUUGAUAUAAGUUAUGUUGAUUGUUUUAUAAGUUACAAUUGUUCUGUUACAUAUUCAAAAUGUACAGGAAGUUUUAAAAAAAGUGGAAUGUUUCCAAAAAUUAUGGCACUUAUUGUAUCAGAAGGUUUACUUGAAUUAGAUGAUCAAAAAAAAUUUGAAAAAGAUAGAAUGACAAAUUGUAUUGUAGAAAGAAUUCGUGGAUUGUCAGAUCAAGAAUUUAGACAUUUUAUUGAGGAAAGAAAUAGAAUAAAUCAGACUCGUAAUAAAAAUUUUGAAAUUGCUAAAAAAGAGAUAUCUUACAAAAGUGAAGGAAAAGUUUUUAAUAUUUCUUGUUGUUCCUGUAUGUCACAAAUUUGCUCCUCAAAAGAUAUUGGAAUUUUUGAUAAUAUAUCAAAUAUUAUUAUUAAUUCAAAUGUUUGGUCUAAUGUAAUAUAUUCAACAGACAAACAUUAUAAGUAUGGAAGAACAUUUAUGCGUGUUGGACUUGUUUAUUACAAGGAUGUUGUAACUAAUGAAAACAUUUACAAAAAAAGUUGGAGUACCAUUGAAAAUUAUUUAUUUCUACCAAAAGAAGUUACUGAAGAGGAAUAUCGCAUUUACUGUCAUGAAUCUAUGUGUUAUGAUCCAGAUAUGCAUCUUAAAUUUAUGAAAAAAAUGUCAUUUUACAUGGGAGCUUGUCGUAGUUCUACUUUUUAUAAAGAAAAAUAA